CCUCGAUCCCCGGACACUCUGGGUUCAAUCGUCGGGGUGAGAUCUACGGAGGUAUAUAUGUACCCCGAAUACUCCUCCGUAGUCAGUCACCUUCUGACUUACCUUUGAUCGACUCUUCUCGAGAGGAUCAGUCAGAAUUACACCUUAAGGGAGGCAGCACCAACAAUCAUGAAGUCGUGGUCGCUGUGGAUAGCCUUGCUGGCUAUCGCCCGUACAUCUUUGGCAGAAGAAGGUUAUAGCUAUCCGCGUCCUGCCAAUCCCCUGAUACCCAGUACGCCUGGAAGUCCUUCAAAGCCCACAAGCUCAGGUGGCUUUCCGUCCACUCCAUCCACCGGAAAACCGGAAGGUCCAACCAGUGGCCAAAAUCCCCAAGGAGGAUAUCCUAGCUCAGGAUUCCCCGGUCAGCUUGAGACCCAAGGACCCACUGGCUACCCAUCCGAUGGUCAAGGAUACCCUAGUGGGCGCCCGGGUGGACAGGGACCCUCGCCAGGCUACCCCAGUGGUCGUCCUGGUGGUCAGAGACCAAAUGGCGGACAAGGACCAAGUGGAAACUACCCCAGCGGUGGACAAGGACCGUCUCCAGGAUAUCCUAGUGGGCGUCCUGGUGGCCAAGGGCCCAGCGGUGGACAGGGAACAAGCGGAAACUAUCCUACUGGUGGACAAGGUCCAUCAUCAGGAUAUCCCAGUGGUCGUCCAGGCAGUCAAGGACCCAUCGGUGGACAAGGACCAUCAACGGAAUAUCCUAGUGGACUUCCUGAUGGCCAGGGACCUAGCGGUGGACAGGGACCGUCGACUGGAUAUCCCAGUGGACGUCCCGGUAGCCAAGGACCAUCAAGUGGAUAUCCCAGUGGACGUCCCGGUAGCCAAGGACCAUCGACUGGAUAUCCCAGUGGCCGUCCCGGUGGCCAAGGACCAAAUGCUCCAAAUGGUGAACAGAAACCAAGUGUGAAUUAUCCAAUUGGUGGACAAGGACCGUCAUCUGGUUACCCUAGUGGACGUCCUGGUGGCCAGGGAUCUAACGGGGGUCAAGGGCCGAGUGGAAAUUACCCAAGUGGAGAGCAAGCACCUUCAUCUGGAUACCCCAGCGGACGUCCUAAUAGCCAGGGACCUAAUGGAAGUCAAGGAACAUCAUCUGGAUACCCUAGUGGACGCCCUGGUAGCCAAGGGCCCAAUGGGGGUCAAGGGCCGAGUGGAAAUUACCCAAGCGGAGGACAAGGACCAUCAUCUGGAUAUCCGACCGGACGUCCUGGUGGCCAGGGACCGAAUGGUGGACAAAGGCCAAGUGGAAAUUAUCCAAGUAGUGGACAAGGACCGAGUGGAAACUACCCAAGUGGUGGACAAGGGCCAAGUGGAAAUUACCCAAGUGGUGGCCAAGGACCAAGUGGAAACUAUCCUAGCGGACGUCCAGGUGGUCAAAGACCUAAUGGUGGACAAGGACCUCAAGGACCGGGAGAGUAUCCUAACGGAGGUCAGGGUCCCCAAGGACCCAGUGGCGGAUUCCCAAGCGGUGGACAAGGACCAACUGGCGGAUUCCCAAGCGGAGGGCAAGGACCAAGUGGUGGAUUCCCCAGCGGUGGACAAGGACCAAGUGGCGGAUUCCCAAGCGGUGGACAAGGAUCAAGUGGCGGAUUCCCAAGCGGAGGGCAAGGACCAAGUGGUGGAUUCCCCAGCGGUGGACAAGGACCAAGUGGCGGAUUCCCAAGCGGUGGACAAGGAUCAAGUGGCGGAUUCCCAACCGGUGGGCAAGGACCAAGUGGUGGAUUCCCAAGCGGUGGACAAGGACCAAGUGGUGGAUUCCCCAGCGGUGGACAAGGACCAAGUGGUGGAUUCCCGAGUGGUGGAAAAGGACCAAACGGCGGAUUCCCCAUCGGUGGACAGGGACCAAGCGGUGGAUUCCCGAGUGGUGGGCAGGGGCCUGAUGGUGGAUUCCCAGGUGGGCAGACGGUCCAAUAUGACGAAGGUAGCCAGGAUGACGGUGAUUACUCCGCGAUUCCGGGUGAACCUGGUCGCGAUUAUCCCAUCUACGCUGACAUCCCCCAAACUGGAUUCAGUUGUGACUCUCAGCAAUUCCCGGGCUACUACGCGGACGUCGAAGCGCAGUGUCAGGUGUUCCACAUUUGCUCCAACAACCAAACCUACGACUUCCUCUGCCCGAACGGAACGAUCUUCCAUCAGCAAUACUUCGUGUGCGUGUGGUGGAACCAGUUUGACUGCAACUCUGCGCCUAGUCUGUUCUACCUGAAUCAAAACAUUUACGAUUACUCCAUCACGGGCUCCCCUGGCCCGCAAGGACCGGUCGGAGGUUAUCCGCAGCCUGGAAACCAACAGGGCCCAUCCGGUCCCUCAUUCCCAUCAAACCAAGGUCCUCAGGGUGGAAGUGGAAGCCCUGGCGUAGGAUUCCCAGAUAACAAUGGACCACAGGGUCCCUCAGGACCAUUCGGACCAUCAAGACCAUCUGGACCAUUGGGACCAUCAAGACCAUCAGGGCCACUGGGACCGUCCGGAUCAUCAGGACCCCAAGGACAGGGACAAGGCUAUCCCCAAGGACCCCAGGGUGGAAAUGGCCCAAGCGGAUAUCCUGGAAACAAACCUCAGGGACCCCAAGGUCCUCAGGGAAAUUAUCCAUCCCAGAGCUUCCCGGCAGGUAACAAACCCUCAGGUCAAGGAUACCCGCAAGGAACGCAAGGAUUCCCCGGCAGCAGCAAACCUCAGGGACCAUCAGGACCAUCGGGACAGUCUGGAUAUCCUCAGGGACCUCAGGGUGGAAGCGGUCCAGGAGGUUACCCCACCUCAGGUUUCCCUGGAGGUAACAAGCCUCAGCGACCAUCAGGACCCUCCGGACCAUCGGGACAAUCCGGAUACCCUCAGGGACCACAGGGUGGAAAUACUCCCAGUGGGUACCCACAAUCAGGCUUCCCUGGUGACAACAAGCCUCAGGGACCAUCGGGACCAUCGGGGCCAUCAGGUCAAGGAACGCAAGGGUUCCCUGGCAGCAGCAGACCUCAGGGACCAUCGGGACCAUCGGGACAAUCUGGAUAUCCUCAAACACCUCAAGGCGGAAGUAGUCCAGGCGGAUAUCCAGGAUCAGGUUUUCCUGGAAGCAGCAAACCCCAGGGACAAUCAGGACAAGGUUAUCCUCAGAAUACGCAAGGAGGUUUUCCAAGCAACAGGCCUCAGGGACCAUCGGGACCUUCUGGAACGGCAGGCCAAGGAGGUUCGGAUGGAUAUCCGAGCGGUCGACCUUCCGGACCAGCAUUCCCAACAAACCCGUUGGGCUUCCCGGGCGGCAAAGUUCCUCAAUCGGACAACCCGUUCCCCUCCGAGGGACCUUCGGAACCAGACCGUGGAUACCUACCACCGCGAGCUGGAUAGGUGAGGUAGCGUGAACCGUUGAAUUAAAUUUAGCCAAGACCCCACAGCAGCCCCAAGAACCAUUGGUGCUGAACCUUAAGUGUAAAUACGAGCCUAAUUCUUUUUUAAUACAUAGAAAACGCGGUAAGUUAUAUCAAAAACGGCCCAGCUGUAUACCUAAACGCGUUUUAUCCGUUAAGUAAAUGUAAUUGUGUAACUUAUUUGUAUUAACUGCCUUUCAAUAUUAUACUGUCACAAAGACGUGCAGAGUCUCUGGGCCUUUUGUCGAGAAACCACUGUGUUCGGUAAUGUUAUCUGCAAUUUUUUUCACUGCUGGCAGAAGAAUACUAUUUAAGAUGCUUUGCUGACGUUUGUCAACUUCGAGUAUCACCGCGACAUGUGAAUUAUUUAUUUCGAAUUGAACAAGAAUUUCGCCCAAUUUCCAGCUCACGGUCUUUGCUGUUCUUCGAUAUUCUAUCGACUCAUCUUUUUUAGCAGUUAGAUAGCCGGCGUGUGACGAUGUUGGUACUCCCAUGCACAAAGUCACACCGAAAUUUCAAUGAAACGUAUCUUCGAAGUUUCACCAAUCGCGUAACUCGCGGUGAGACUGCGAACAUACGAAAUCACACCCGGAUAUCUUGUUUAUUUUUGUUACUUUCUUUCUUCCUCUCUGCAUGACGUCUGAUUCUCGCGUUAUGUGUUAUACCUCUGAAGGGAUUGAUACAACCGAAGUUGAGCAACGCAUGACAUAAUUGUAAUUAUAUAUAUAUAUACAUAUAUAUAUAUAUAUAUAUAUAUAUAUAUAUAUAUGUAUAUAUGUAUAUAUGUAUAUAUAUACACACAUAUAUAUAUUUUUGUAACAAUGGUCUUGAUACUCCGACGGUGAGAUGCCAUUAUAUGUAUAUUUAAUAUUAUGUGAAAUAAAGGAAACACCUUUGCAA